GGUCAACAACUACACUUGCAGCUGUGUCCCUGGAUACACUGGACGCAAUUGCUCAACUAAUAUCGACGAUUGCUCAAAUAAUCCAUGUCAAAAUGGCGGAUCAUGUACAGAUCAGAUCAACGACUAUACUUGCCAAUGUGUGCUUGGAUACACCGGACGCAAUUGUUCAACUAAUAUAGACGAUUGCGCAAAUAAUCCAUGUCAAAAUGGCGGAUCAUGUAUAGAUCAGAUCAACAACUAUAUUUGCCAAUGUGUGCAAGGAUACACCGGACGCAAUUGUUCAACUACACCAACAACCCCAGCMCCUGAUGAAACGAUGUAUCCCCAUGGUCCCGAUGCAGAAGAUAACGAAGAUACAAGAUACUACACUUACUCAAGGUGCUUUGGAUCUAUUUACCUUGGUAUCAAAGGUUUUCCUUUUUACGGGAAAAGACACUACACGUUGUAUGCUUGUCGCAAUGGUCUGAUAUCAUUUGAGCAGCCCUGGUACCGAUGGUGGCCCUCCAAGUUUGGACAAUACUACUUUAGUGACAAACCAUUGUUGGCCCCAUACUGGUCUCUGAUAAGCAAGAAAGCAUUCCGAGACGGGAUUUCGAAGUUAUACUACCAGAUCUACCAAAAAGGUARUGGAAAGACAAGCAUCCUUAGCAGAGCAACAGAUGAUGUCAAAAAGCACUGUAAAGAACAUGCUCUUCCGACUGAGUUUGGAGAGGCAUCAUGGGUCAUAGUUAUCACGUGGGUUAGGUUACGUCACUGGUACUCAGAAUGGCAGGAAAACCUCAGGGAUCUGGAAAAUACAUUCCAAGCUGUUCUAAUUACCGAUGGAGUGUACUCCUUUGCCAUGUAUAAUUACCCUAACAACAAAAUUCAGUGGUCUGUGCCAGUCGACCGAAGUUUUAAUUAUGAGGAUUUCUUAAAAGCAAGUGGAAAUCCGGUGGUUGGGUUUAAUGCUGGAGACUUCAAGGGUCACUAUUACAACCAUCCACGAUCUGGGAGCCCCACUGUUGUACAAAUCGACAGCUUAGAAGGAAUCAAUGUCUUCAAACGAAAAAACACUCAGUAUUUUGAAGUAAGUUCUAAUGGCAUUCGCGGGAGGAUCUUUAUGCGUUUAGAUGAAUCACGAGGUAAAACUCCCAGAAUGGAAUGCAUHGACUGGUACUACAGCCAAUCAGAUGUCUACUGGUACGUGACWCGUGUCUUGCCGCCUUGYCCCUGCACUUAUUGGCAAGCAUUAAGAGAUCGGCGUUUCUUUCUCUACAAAUGGGAAUKGCCGCGUGUUUGUUUCUACUCUUCUUUUCCCACACRAUACGGCUGGGGUCAGGAGUGUUGCUACAAGUUCUUCAYAUGGCGCAGUUGGUGGUGGAGYUGGUGGUGGAGAUCCUUUUUGGCUGUAGGGUACCCUGAUGGCGGUAACGCUCACAGAUAUCACAGAGACUGGUGGCCUGCUUUAAAUCAAGAACAUGACGUCAAGCCAUACCAACAAUGCUGUGUCUCUAGCAAUUUGUGCUAUUUAUACCAGCAACGCCGACCAUCAGACUCGUGUUGGUGGUACGUCCCUCCAAGAUGGAGUUGGUUUUGGGGAGACCCUCAYUUCGUUACCCUUGAUAACAAAAACUAUACAUUCAAUGGUCUUGGUGAGUAUGUCAUGCUUGAUGCCAAAGACGGACAUUUCCAGCUACAAGCGAGGACAAAGCCUGCCAAAGGUGAAGGGACGGCUACUGUAUUCUCUGGGGCUGUUGCCAAGGAAACAAAUACAAGUACAGUGCAGGUCACCUUGARUGAUAAUGAUACAAUGGAAGUUCGCAUAGACGGUCAACCAUUUAACAUCAGUGGUCUGACUAAUUCCUCAAAACGACUUAACGGAUCAGUGACUGUAUUAAAGCCCGAACCAARCUGUUUCGAAAUGGCUUUUCCAUCUGGAAUGUCAGUCAGAAUCUGCGAAAAACUUAAACAGCUUUCUAUUGUCGCUGCUGCUCCGGAUUCGUUUAAAAAUCACACGAAAGGUCUUCUGGGAACUUGGAAUGGUGAUGGUGAAGACGACUUUACAUUGCCUAAUGGGACGGUGCUUCCUGGGUCUAGCUCCGGAAGAGACGUCCACUAUAAAUUUGGAUUAGCUUGGCAAGUAACCAACGAAACAUCUCUGUUCAAGUAUGAACCAGGAGAGAGUGUUCAAUCGUUCAUGAAUGCUUCCUUCAAGCCAAUGUUCGUAGACGAAUUAACGUUUGCAAAUGAUUCACUAAGGAAGCAGGCUGAGGAGCUUUGCCAGGGCGACAUAAGUUGCAUGUUUGAUGUGGCAUCCACCAGAGAUAUUGAAGUGGGUAAAAACACGAAGCAGGUGAACACGCAACUUGUCAACGACWCUAAGAUAAUGAGUAACGAACCACCCAGAAUAGACAACAGCUCAUUAGUUUUGUUCCUAACUAUUAAUACAACGAUCACAGUUGUUGUGAAUGCCAGUGACCCUGACGGUGAUGACCUAACCUUUAAUGUAACUGGUCUCCCWGACAACGCUAAAUAUUCGACCAGUGCGAAGUCCAUCUCGAUGUCUUGGAAUGUAACGCAAAACAAGCUCGAUAUUCAGUACAUCGUCACAGAUUCUAACAACGCUGUUUCAUCAGUUAAACCAACCAUAUAUCUAUGCGCAUGUCAUCAUGAUAGCAAAUGUGAAAAACCGACCAUAUUAAACGACACAGUCGCAAGCUCCAAUGACACUUUCAUUCAAAUGUUAUGCAAAUGCAGUCCUGGAUACACUGGACGAUAUUGUGAAAGCGAUAUUGAUGCUUGUACUGCUAAUAUCAACCCGUGUUACCCUGGUGUAACUUGCAAUGAUUUGCCCGCGCCAGCCAACAUCACCAAUGGAUACGAGUGUGGUCCAUGCCCGAAAGGGUUUAAUGGGACGGGUGCAGACUGUAUAGAUAUCGAUGAAUGCGCACAGGGAAAACAAGUACAUGGCUGUGAUCAAAAAUGUGGGAAUACUCCAGGCUCGUUUGUUUGUAGCUGUAACACUGGUUAUGCUCUUAAUAUAAACAGAAAAUCAUGCGACGACGUAAACGAGUGCKWGCGAGACAAGGGUGGUUGUAUGCAUAAAUGUACAAACAACGUUGGAAGCUWCAGUUGCUCAUGCAACGAAAAUUUCAAGACAGAUCCACAAAACAGUAAACUGUGCAUUCCUAAGACACCCUGCAAAGACUCCAAUCAUGGCUGCCAGCACGUUUGUUACGUCAAUGCAGACGACCAGCAGAAAUGCUCGUGCAACAAAGGGUAUAAACUGAAUGACGAUGGCAAAGCGUGCAACGAUAUCAAUGAAUGUUCUAUCAACGAAUAUCGCUGUAAUCAAAAGUGCCAUAACACCAUAGGAUCUUACACUUGUUCAUGCGUCCCUGGCUUUAAACUCUCAGCUGACAACUUUACUUGCGUCGAUAUCAAUGAAUGCCUGGAAUUUACUUUUAACUGCACCGAUUCGUCACAAACCUGUUUGAAUACUCAAGGAUCGUACAAAUGCGUUUGUGAAGAAGGGCUAAUUUUGAUCAAUGACAAGUGUACAGCUCUCAGGCCAGGGGCGACAACGCCACCACCACCAACAGCACCAGCACCAAAGCAGCCAUCAGCAUACGAGGUCGCCAACUCAGUCAACAUAACCAUGACAAACUUGAAUGCAUCUCAGUGGACAGAACCGAAGGAGGAAAAGUUCAAAGAAGUCGUUGCUAAGGGGGUGACAAAUUUCUGUGCACGAACUAAAGGCUGUGUCCCAGGAACAAACCGAGUCAAACGUGCUCUAGUUUUUGUUGACUACCAAGCAGAUCAAGUCCAUCUGCUUCCAGGAUACCCUCUACAAAUAAUCUCAGAACAACACAAGGCAUCGUCCCUCGUUGCUCGCAUCGCAUUGUAUGUGAACUUUCCACCAGGCGUGGUCCUCAAUUCAAACAACACAAUCAACCAAGAGAACCUCCUUAAAGCAUUGAAUGASACACGGGRARAUAUCGAGAAAGCACUUCAGGUUAAMGUGCUAACACUAACAGCACAUAAACCAGAGUCAAGUAGACCAACCGACAAUCAAGAAGAAAAAGAUGAUGGAAUGAAUUUGUAUAUUAUCAUUGGUGCAACGGUUGGAGGAGUUGUGGUGAUCGUCAUAUUGCUAAUCAUUAUUGUUUGUUGCUGCCGAAAACUACCAGAUUCGGAAAAACAGAUCGAGUUUAGUGGAUAUCCAAAUCAUACGAUGGAAUCACCAGAAGACAUUGUUGCGACCGCAGAAGAAAUUGUUUUAAACAAAAUGCGAGCCAAAACCAUCGACUUCGCUCAUGACAAAAGAAUGUUGUCAAAUUCUUCCAGUCAUUAAACAUGGGCAUCACUCUUCAAAUUCCUGAUCACACGCGCAGAAUUCCCUUACAAGGAAAACACUCACCCAGCAGGUUCACCUGGUAACUUUGUGUAAAGGACUAACGUAUAUUUUAUAAAUUAAACGAGACUUACCUGUAAGGUGAAGUUUGAUGGUAAUUCUACCGAACCAUGAWGUCAGAGGGAGCUGAGCUAGCAAGUUGUGCAAUCUCACGUGAUCUCCUGAUGACGUAAUGGUGAGGUAGAAUUACCUGUCGUUUCUCUUGAUGACAGAACUUGCACUAGUCACAAGUCUCCUUUUAUUGAGUUAACUGUCCCUCUUUUGGGACAGGAAGCCCGACAAAAGGAUAGGCUGCAAAAAGAGAUUUGUCCUGCACAGGUCUAAACUUCUUUUCAACAUUUUYAGUAUACAUAGAGCACAGUGUUUAUCAAAGUAGCACAGUCGUCGCAUAUUAUUAAAUUUUAUUUUUAACUCAGUGUUUCAAACACAAUAAAUUAGCUAUAAUUCUAGCUGCAUGACUCGCAUAUAGAAAUGUGCUGYAACUGUGGCAACACACUUUAUUUUUAAUAAGUGCAGGUUUUUCAAAAGCUGUGUUUCAAACACGUUAUAAAAAUUUCUGUGUAUAGCGAUCAUUUUCGAAAAUCAUUUUCGAAAUCAUGGUGCAUUUUGGUAUAGAUUUACUUUGAGAAUGAUCCGGGAGAGGAUUUACUAGUAAAUCGAAAUAUCACAUCACAACUAACCGUCUUAUUAAUCAAAUAUCAAGUUUAGAUGAAUUUCAUUGGAAUAUUAUUCAUCUUUAGCCUCAUCCACAGGCAACUCUUUCCCCCCCCCCCUUUUGGGCUUCCUUUUGUAACGGUCAUCUUCCCUCUCUCGCCACCAUGCUCUUUUGACUCCCCAAAAAGAGAGAAAAAAAAGCCCGUGACUCCUAUAGCGAUGUCUGCGGAGGAGGCUAAUUCAUCUUAUAUUUUAAGCCUAAGAAUGCAUUUUAUACAAAAAGGUCUACGCUUGAACAUGCACACGCAAUUGUGGGUAUUAUUAGCAUUAGUGAUACACUUGGCCAGAAUAUAUAAUUAUUUCAAACAACGUUCUCGRGGACAUCACCGAACGGCGAUUGCAUGACCAUGGGGCAAUGGUUUCCCGCUAUUAAACUAACAAAAUUUCACUUAAURGGGUUACUGUGCUUAUUGAAAACUGAUGCCAAUCAUUUCACCACAGAUUAUCUCACAGUAUAAAUCAAAUUGGCAAAACCCAUGACUCCUUUCAGCCGUGGAAUCGCCAUUUGACAAUUGACAUUCGCCAUCUUUUCCGAAGAUGAAUUAUACACKUUUACACUUACACUUUUAUAAAAAAAAUAAAAAUAAAGAAAUUAAAAUACACCAAUAAAUUAAUCGAAAACUA